UCUAACUUGUUACAUUGUCCACAAAUGUAUUGGGUGGAUGGACGUGUUCUCGUCUUGCAAGGGAUUAUGAAGACGAUCUAUGUAAACAAGAUAGUCCAAGCUGGUUGCACAGUUAAAAUAUUGAUGGCAGAUUGGUUUCUGCAGCGACAUUUCAAGAUUGGCACUGACCUGAAUAAAAUACGGAACAUUGGCAACUACAAUAUUGAGAUGUGGAAAGCAACUGGUAUGAACCUUGACAAAGUAGAGGUUGUAUGGUUGUCAGAUGAAUUGAAUUGCCACGCGGUUAAUUACUGGCCACUUGCGGUUGAUGUCUCCAGAAAAUACAGCAUGGAAAAAAUGGCAAGUUAUUGUCGGAACAGGACAUAUGGGCCACAAGGACUACCUGCUGCUGAGAUUUUCUACCCUUGCAUGCAGGUUGCUGCUAUAUUAUGCCAGAAGGCUGACAUAUGGCUCUUCAGCAUGGAUCAGCGAGACAUUGUCAUGCUAGCUAAGGAUUACUCCGAAGAAAUAAAUAGGGAAACCAAACCAGCUAUCAUACUGCAUAAUACGUUACCUCUUUUACCAGAAGACCCUGACUUGAACUCGCUGAGAUAUCCAGCGCGGACUCUGUUCAUGGACGAUGCACAGGAGGCUUCAAAUAGGAAAAUAGAGUUGGCUUUCUGCCCACCAAAAGUAACAGUGUCUAACCCAUUUCUGGAGUACAUCAGAUAUGUUAUAUUCCCUUGGUUUGGAAAAUUGGAGGUAGCUGACAAGAAAGGGAAUGGCAGUAGCAAGACAUAUGCAAGCAUGGAAGAUUUUGUUGUUGACUAUGGAAGUGGCAAUCUUGAUUCUGCUGAUGUUAAGCUGGCUUUUGAAAAAGGAAUAAACAGCAUAUUAAAGCCUGUUCAGGAUCACUUCAUUAGCAACAUUGAAGCCCAAAAUCUAUAUUUCUCCUGUAAGUUGCAGGAUCAAAUUACUGCAGAUACACGGAAGAUUAUACUACAGAAUGAGGAUAUUGUCUGGGGUAGGUCGAAGAGCAGCAGGGGUGGAGCUGCCACUAUGAUGUUGGGGUCAGCUGACCCCAACGAACUUAGGCAAAACGUGGAGUGAAUUGCUGCCAAAGUGCAAUGAGUCUUCUUCGCAAAGAAAGUGCAGUUAGUCUUGAUGGAAUAGAUGAGCCCAUUGAAAUCUUUGGCUGACUGAAGAUGAUAUGUUAGAUUGCCGGAGGGAGAAAUAAAGGCCUCAUAGUAACUUAUUGUUCCGAAAUAUGCAAGGAAUUGUUGGAUAGGCUGCUUAACUUAUUGUCCCGGUGGGUGGCUUUACUUUCCGUGUGUGUAUAUAUCACAACAUUGUUUUUAUAUACUCCCUCUGUCUCAAAAUAAAUGUACUC